UAAAUGUGACCAGGAUAUACCAACAGCACUCUGUUUCCUGCAGAUAGUUUCAAAGCUCCUCGACGUCAAUGAAAAGAAAAUAAUUGCUAAUCGCAGAUUUAUUGUGCUGAAGUGGGAGUGCAGCGGCCCUUCCAGUAUGGACCACCAAAGUACAAAAAAAACUGUUCUUCACUUCCGCUUUCAACGCCUUUUUGUCAUGUUGCUGGUAUUGCUGCCAAUACUGUUGCUGAUCCUAAACUUACAUCACGUCAAGUUCAAUACGUAUUCAGUUUCUGAAUCGGGCUCCCAAAGGAGCAGAUAUCCACCUCCGAAGAAUCAUUCCACAAUAGGACAAGACAUGGAAAUGUUGAGAAAUGAUUGGGCACAUAAGCUGGUGGGGUAUGGCUACCAGAAUCACUGCUUCACCCCUGAAGAAAGGUCAGAGGGCACAGUCCUGAUCAAAAUGCUUAAAUGGCCAACACCUCCCAAAUCUGCCAUGCCUUAUCAGAAGAGCAGCAACCCAUCGCGUGUUCGCUUUGUUAUUUUAGAUUCCGGGAAGACUUUCUACGUCGGCGAUCGAUUGCAAGUGAUGCUGCGUAUGUUUGAUUUUGAAGGAAAUCCGAAACAAUAUGGGGGCGAUUAUCUCCAAGCGCGGAUCCACACCCCAGAGUUAAAGGCUGGCUCAGCAGGAACGGUCAUAGAUAACCAAAAUGGAUUUUAUUACAUAAAUUUUACUUUACUCUGGCCGGGGAAAGUCCAAUUGUCUGUUACCUUGGUUCAUCCUAGUGAAGGGGUCCAGGUGCUUCAGAGAAUGCGAGAAGAACAGCCAUUUAGAGUGUUUUUGAAAAGUACCUUCAAAUACGGGGCCAUUGCAGAAGCCACGGUGUGCAAUCUCUUUUUACCUCAGACUAAACCACUUUGUAAUUUUACUGAUCAUAAGACUGGGGAGCCCUGGUUCUGUUACAAACCUAAAAAGCUUCCUUGCUCUGCUCGUGUGAAUUAUGACAGAGGAGGAUAUAUGAAGCCCCUAUUAAUUGAUGAUGAACUCAAGUUUUUCCAAAGUAAAGUCAACAUCAAGAUGCGUUUAUUACCCAAUGCCACUGAUUAUAUAAUGGUGAAACCUUCGCCGCGGGCAAAAUCCAAAAAUUUCAAAUAUAUACCAUCUGGCUUUUAUUAUAAGAACCAGUGGAUGUCAACAACCUGCAAUAUUCGUCACUUUAACACUCCUGCAAAUGUUACAUCCUGUCUUCGUGGGAAAAGGAUUUAUCUGAUUGGCGAUUCCACAAUGUACCAGUGGUUUGAAUACUUGGCUAAAUUUCUUCCAGGUCUCAAUACAUUUGACCUUGGCUAUUCUGGAAAAGCUGGACCUCUCUGCGCUUUGGACAAGGAACACAACAUCAUGGUGGAGUUUUCCGUACAUGGACCACCAAUUCAAUUCUAUAAUAUUUGGAGUCAGCAAUUGCGGUACAUUUCAAACAAAAUAGAUGAAAUUAAAGGAGGGAGAAACACAGUUAUCGGAAUUACCUUAUGUGUCCAUUUUUCCGCUUAUCCGAUAGAAGUGUAUAUUUGGAGGCUGCAGUCCAUCCGGAGAUCAAUUCUACGACUGUUGGGCAGGAGUCCGGAUACAUUGGUGGUGAUAAAGACAGCGAACGUACGCGCUCUCACACAACGUCUCAGCAUCUACCAGAGUGACUGGUUUUCCUAUCAGCUUGAUUCAGUGCUGAGAAGGAUAUUGGCUGGCAUCAACGUAGCAUUUGUGGAUGCAUGGGAAAUGACCAUAGCCCACUACCUGCCCCAUAACAUACAUCCUCCUCAAGUCAUUGUAAAGAAUGAAAUAGAUGUGUUUCUUUCAUAUAUGUGCCCUUCUGAAAAUAAUUAAGUACUUUUAUUUGAUCUGUCGUGACAUAAUCAAAGGUUUGCCUGAACAACCUAAAACCGAUGGACAUUUGAAACGUUGAUAUCAGCUUCCUUUUGCGCUAUUUAACAUUUCAAUUUUGUAGGAGUAUGCAAUGAUUUGGUUAAAGAAAAUUAUCUUUUAUUUUCUUACCCCUCUGCAUUAUCUGGAAUUAUGUGUGAGUCAGUAAAUAAUUUUGGUAUUAUCUAAACAGACGUAUGAAAUAAAAGCGGAGAAUGCUG